GAAUCUGGUGUUUCUCUUCUUUUCAAUUGACACAUAUUCCCAUUCAAUUUCGAAACUGCGUAAAAACGACGCCGGCGAUCCUCAGCUAUUCUUUAUCUCUUUCUCGGGUUUAUUUCCACAUUGAAGUUUAUCUACGCCUGCAACUUCAAUAUGUGGAAGAUGAUGUGUUCAGUGGAAUGAUUUUUAUGAGAUUUUAGUGUAAUAUUGUUGAUUGAAUUAAGUUGUACCUGGCUUCAGAAUAUGUUGGGUUGAAGGAUUAUGUUCUUUUCGAGGUUUUGUAAGCUAGGAGUUCAUGCUAUCGGGAACUUGGAAAAAUCUGCUACACUAACAGUGAGGACUUCAUACACCCCCAAGGCUCAUAAUCAGUAUUUAGGUUCAUUGAGAAACAAAUUUUUUUGCAGUACAGCACCUCAAGACAAGGAAAAAAUAAAUGUGAUAUUUUGCGACAAAGAUGGAGAAGAGACGCAUAUAAAGGUCCCAGUUGGAAUGUCAAUGCUAGAAGCUGCACACGAGAAUGACAUAGAACUUGAAGGCGCAUGUGAAGGGUCUCUUGCUUGUUCCACCUGUCAUGUAAUUGUGAUGGAUGUGGACCAAUAUAACAAACUAUCUGAGCCAACCGAUGAGGAAAAUGACAUGUUAGAUCUGGCAUUUGGCCUGUCAGAAACAUCUCGUCUAGGUUGUCAAAUCAUAGCCAAACCCGAACUCGACGGACUUCGUUUAGCCAUACCUGCAGCUACACGGAACUUUGCUGUUGAUGGGUUUAAGCCAAAACCUCAUUAGAUCAUGUUCUUGCAGAUAGAAGAUGGAAAUAAGUCCCUUCGGUAGACUGGUAAUGGCUGGUGAACUGUUUCCAAGUGGUUGAUGUUUCGCCGCCUUUCUUUAUGUUGUAUCUCCAGAGUAGGCUAGGCUUCUGAGUAACUAGUGGUGUAAUGAGCGUUAUGUCACAGUAAACGAGAUAAUUCAUUUUUGAAGGAGAUCACAGUUUCAUUUCUUGCGUCCUUAA